GCCGCCCCCGAAGUUUGUUGUUGUGACCCGCGUCCCGGACGCCCGAAGCGCCACCAUGGCGGUGCGACAGGCGCUGGGCCGGGGCCUGCAGCUGGGUCGAGCGCUGCUGCUGCGCUUCACGGCCAAGCCUGCCUCCCUCACUCAUGGUACAUGCUGUUUUUCCUCACAGACAAUUUUUACACAGAAGAAUAAGCUGCUUCCUGACCCACUGGACAAUAGACGCUGGCAGGGCUUCCAGCUGGAGGAGUAUCUGAUAGGGCAGUCCAUUGGCAAGGGGUGCAGUGCUGCUGUGUAUGAAGCCACCGUGCCUGUGUGGCCCCGGAACCUGGAGGUGGCAAAGAGCAUCCGGCUUCUUCCAGGGAGAGCCCCAGAUAUCAUCCCACCAAAAGAGGAGGAACGAGCUCCACACGCCCCUGCUUUUCCCUUAGCCAUCAAGAUGAUGUGGAACAUCUCGGCCGGCUCCUCCAGCGAAGCCAUCUUUAGCACAAUGAACCAGGAGCUAGUCCCAGCUAGUCAAGUGGCCUUGGCCGGGGAGUAUGGAGAAGUCACUUACAGAAAAUCCAAAGGAGGUCCCAAGCAACUGGCCCCUCACCCUAACAUCAUCCGGGUCUUCCGCGCUUUCACCUCGUCUGUCCCACUGCUGCCAGGAGCCCUGGUCGACUACCCGGAUAUGCUGCCCCCACGUCUUCACCCCGAAGGCCUAGGCCAUGGGCGCACACUUUUCCUCGUUAUGAAGAACUACCCCUGUACCCUGCGCCAGUACCUUCGCGAAAACACCCCAAGCCCCCGCCUUGCCACUGUGAUGAUCUUGCAGCUCUUGGAAGGAGUGGAUCAUCUGGUUCAACAGGGCGUCGCACACAGAGACCUAAAAUCUGACAACAUCCUCGUGGAGCCUGAUGCAGAUGGCUGCCCCUGGCUAGUGAUCUCAGAUUUUGGUUGCUGCCUGGCUGAUGAGCGCAUCGGCCUGCAAUUGCCUUUCACCAGCCAGUAUGUGGAUCGGGGCGGAAACGGCUGCCUGAUGGCUCCUGAGGUGUCCACAGCCUGCCCUGGCCCCAGGGCGGUGAUUGACUACAGCAAGGCUGAUGCCUGGGCAGUGGGAGCGAUCGCCUACGAAAUCUUCGGGCUCUCCAAUCCUUUUUAUGGCCAGGGCGGAGCCCACCUUGAAAGCCGCAGUUACCAAGAGGCUCAGCUGCCUGCACUGCCUGAAUCGGUGCCUCUAGAUGCAAGACAGCUGGUGAGGUCACUGCUGCAGCGGCAGGCCAACAAGAGACCAUCUGCCCGAGUAGCUGCUAAUGUGCUUCACUUAAGCCUCUGGGGUGAACAUACUCUAGCCCUGAAGAAUCUGAAACUAGACAAGAUGAUUGGCUGGCUCCUCCAACAGUCAGCAGCCACACUGUUGGCCAACAGUCUUACGGGGAAGAGCUGUGUGGAAACAAAAAUGAAGAUGUUAUUUCUGGCCAACCUGGAGUAUGAGGCGCUGUGCCAGGCAGCGCUCCUCCUCUACUCCUGGAGAGCAGCCCCGUGAAGGCUGAUGUAGCUGGUGAAUUACUAAAAGAGCUUGGCAGCGUCUAUGUCGUGAUGGUCUGUGAAUGCUGAGGGAGGGGGCUCUGAGGUGUGAGGGGAGGAGUCAAGAAAAGAUGGUGCUGCAGAGAGGGCUGGUCAGUGGAAGAAAAGGCCUCUGGUUUGGCAAAUGGGAGGAACAAGUUGAGUGAAGUUCAGUCUGUAGCUAUUAACUCUAGCUGUGUGAUUUUGGAUGCAUCAUAUAACCUGUGUUGUCUAAAUUUCUCUUACCUCUGAAAUGAAGAAACCGCUUUAGAUAGCAGCCAGCAGACUUUUUCUAUAGAGGGCCCGACAGUAAACAGCCAGGCUGCCACAGCUCCUCAAUUCUUGUAGCACAAAAGCAGUCUUUACUAUGGAAACGAGCGUGGCUAUGUGCCAAUAGUAAAGCUUUCAUUAUGGACAGUGAAAUCUGAA